AUGGCAACGGCAGUAGAUCUAACGGCAGUGCUACAGAACGCUCAAUCUGCAGAUGCCAAUGCACGCCAGCAGGCAGAAGGGCAGCUGCAGCAAUUCCAGCUGCAGAACUAUGCUGCCUACCUUGUAUCGCUUGCCACCGAGCUGAGCAAGGAGCAGGCUGAUGCAUCUACCAGGCAGAUAGCUGGAGUGAUCUUGAAGAAUAGCUUUGACGCCCCGAGCGACGCAAGAAAGGCCGAGCUCGCUGCUCGUUGGGGAGAACAAGUUGAUCCGGUCAAAUCUCAAAUCCGACAGCUCCUCCUUGGAACGCUGGGUUCAGAGGUACAAAUAGCACGUCACACCGCAGCGCUAGUGAUUGCAAAGGUGGCCGCCAUUGAGCUUCCCAAGGGCCAGUGGCCCGACCUCAUCCCGACUCUUCUGGCUAACAUGGGAGCGCAGCCUCCGAAAACGGGCUUGAAGCAGUCGACGUUGGAGGCAAUGGGUUACAUCUGCGAGGAGCUGGGCAACUUGGACACAGAUGUGCUCGACCAGGAACAGGUUAACAGCAUCCUGACAGCAGUGGUGCAAGGCAUGAGGAAGGAAGAGCCAGACGUGGGAGUCAAGCAUGCAGCCACAGUGGCCUUGUACAACGCCAUCGUCUUCGCCCAGACGAAUUUUGAGAACCCAGAGGAGCGCAACUACCUGAUGCAAGUCAUCUGCGAGGGGACCAUUGCAGCUGAUGCCAAAGUCAGGGAAGCCUCCUUCGAGUGCCUGGUCAAGAUCGCAGCCAACUACUACGAGAAACUGCCAGCCUACAUGCAAGACAUCUUCAGGCUCACACACCGCGCAGCCAAGGAGGAUGAGGAGGAAGUGGCCAAGCAGGCCAUUGAGUUCUGGUGCACAAUCUGCGAGGAGGAGAUUGACAUUCAGCAGGAGGAGGAGGAAGGGGACUCCAAUGUGAUCCACCACCACUUUGUGCAGCAAGCGUUGCAGCCGCUGGUGGACCUGCUACUUUUGCAGCUGUCAAAGCAGGAGGAAGGCCAGGACGAGGAUGACGGUGCUUGGAACCUGUCAAUGGCCGGUGGCACCUGCCUGGCCCUUGUAUCAGCCGUCGUGGGCGAUGACAUCCUUGGGCUUGUGAUGCCAUAUACGAACAUCGACAAGAAGGCCUCUCCAGAAGACUGGCGUUAUCGAGAAGCAGCCACGUCAGCCUUUGGGGCCAUUUUAGAGGGCCCCUCCACAGAGAGGCUGUCCACAUAUGUAGCAGCAGGCCUGGGCUUCCUCCUGAAUGCCAUGAAGGACCCCAACCAGCAAGUUCGGCACACCACUGCAUGGGCCAUAGGCCGCAUCUUUGAGUUUGUGCACAGUCCAGCGGUGGUGAAUGAGCAGUCGCUCCCACAGAUUGUGGGCGUAUUGCUGGCGUCGAUCCGCGACUCGCCGCUCAUUGCGGAGAAGGUCUGCUACGCUCUGGCGCAGCUGGCGGCCGGCUUCAAGGACUCGGACCAGACCUCCCUACUCUCCCCCUACUUCAAGGACAUCGUCGGUGCCCUACUCGAUGCGCGGCAGGGGGAGCCGCAGGAGGUGGCGCGGCUGCAGGCGCAGGCGUUUGAGGCCAUCAACGACGCGGUGCGGUCGGCGUCGGCCGACACGCUGCCGCUGGUGGCGCAGCUCAUCCCCCUCAUGCUCAGCAAGCUCGGCUCCACCUUCCAGGCCCCCGCCAACUCCGCCGACGAGCGCGAGCGCCAGAGCGAGCUCCAGGGGCUGCUGAGCGGAGUGCUGCAGGUGAUCAUCCAGAAGCUGAGCGAGCAGGAUGUGACCAAGGCGGGCGUGACGGCCUUUGCAGACACCAUCAUGGAGGCGCUGCUCAGCGUGUUUGCCUGCCACAGCAGCACCGUGCAUGAGGAGGCCAUGCUGGCUGUGGGCGCGCUCACCUACGCCUGCGGCACCCAGUUCAACAAGUACAUGGAGCGCUUCUACCCCUACCUCGAGCUGGGCCUCAAAAACUACCAGGAGUGGCAGGUAUGUCAGGUGACAGUGGGCGUGCUGGGCGAUGUGUGCCGGGCGAUAGAGGAGCAGAUCGCGCCCUACACAGAGAACAUCAUGCGGAUACUGCUGCGCAACCUGGAGUGUAGCGACGUGCAGCGCAACAUCAAGCCCCAGAUCCUGUCCGCCUUUGGGGACAUGGCGCUCGCCAUCGGCGACCGCUUCGAAGUCUGCCUGCCGUCGUGCUUGCACAUGCUCCAAAGCGCGCAGAGCCUGUCGGUGAUGCAGCAGCAGGCCGGCGACGAGGCGGCCUUUGAGUACAACAGCCUCUUGCGGCACGGCAUCUUCGAGGCUUACAGCGGCAUCCUCAACGGCAUGAGCACCCCCAAAUGCGACCAGUAUAUCAGGCCGUUCGCCCCGGCCAUUCUGGAGUUUGGGGAGUACGUUUACAAUGACAAGGAGAACCAGGACGACGCGGUGACUAAGAGCCUGGUGUCACUGCUGGGUGACCUGGCCUCCAACGUGACGGGCUGCGGCCCCGUCUUCGCGCAGAAGCCGUACGUGCAGAGCAUCAUCCAGGAGGCGCGCGCAUCCGGUGAGGCCUCCACAGCAGAGGCCGCCGAUUGGGCGCUGGGCGUCAUUUCCAAGGCAGUCACCGCCCAGCAGUGA